GGAGGCGGCGCGGGGGCCGCGGGGGCGGUUGGCGCGCAGGCGCGUCGCGGCGCGGUGCGGGCCCGGCCCGGCCGGGGCGCGGCGCGGCGCGGGGCUGGCGGCUCCCAUGAGCAGGCGCUGCCCGCCGGGCGCCGCCUGGCUGCUGCGGGGACUCGCUGGCCCCGCCGCGCGCUGCCUGGGCAGCGGCAGGAGCAGGAGCAGGAUCAUGAGCCUCUGCGGGGCCCCGGCCGCCUGCGCCGCGGGGCCUGCGGGCGGCGCGGGCUUCCCGGCGGCGCGGCGGAGUCCGCCGUGGCUGCGGCUGCCCGAGGUGCCGGGCGCCGAGGCGCACCGGGCCAACGAGCUCCUGCUGCUGCUGCCGCCGGCGCGGCGCGGCCCGGAGCCGCCGCAGCACCACGUCGUCUACUUCCCGGGGGACGUGCAGAACUAUCAUGAUGUCAUGUCAUGCCACCCAGAAAACUUUCAGUGGGAGCACUGGAGUUUUGAAAAUGUUGCUACCAUACUUGCUCACCGAUUUCCUAAUAGCUUUAUUUGGGUUGUAAAGUGUUCUCGAAUGCACCUGCACAAAUUCAGUUGUUAUGACAACUUUGUGGCAAGCAACAUGUUUGGAGCACCAGAGCACAGCACCGACUUUGGAGCUUUCAAGCAUCUUCAUGCGUUGCUAGUUAAUGCAUUCAGGCUUGCUCAGAACAUGCUGUUGUCCCAGAAGAGCACGUAUGGUUUCAACAAGGAUGCAAAGAUAGCUUCUUGUAAAUCACAGCCGCAGUCUGGUCCUACAACAAACGGCUGUUCGUCCACAGAAGGAGAGAAAGACUGCGAAUAUUCUAAUAACUCUGCUAUGAACUUCAUUAUACCGUCUGCUGUAGGUGCAGUGUCAUUUACUUUGAUUGGCUUCAGUAAAGGUUGUGUGGUUUUGAACCAGCUGCUCUAUGAGCUGAAGGAAGCUAAAAAAGACAAGAAUACAGAUGCCUUCUUAAAAAACAUAAAAGCAAUUUACUGGUUGGAUGGUGGUCACUCUGGAGGAAGCAAUACUUGGGUUACUUACCCUGAAGUGCUGAAAGAACUUGCACAGACAGGAAUUGAAGUUCAUGCUCAUGUUACACCGUACCAAGUGUUUGAUAUGAUGAGAUCGUGGAUUGGGAGAGAGCAUGAGAAAUUUGUACAGAUACUUGAAGAACUGGGUGUAGAAAUAGAUGAUCAGUUACAUUUUGCAGAUGAAGUUCCUUCCUUAGAUAACCAUUUCAGAGUUCAUGAAGUAUUUUGAGACUGUAUGUAUCUCUGUAUUCAUUGCAAAAGCACUUUUGACACUGUAAAUCUUGAUUUACAGCUUUGAGCGGACACUCUCUGAAGAGUAAUACUAAAUCAGUCUGGUGUUCUUAGUAGAUACUGUAUAUACAUUUCAGUGGCUUAAAAAGGGGAGGGGGAAGAAUCCCAUAUCUAGGGCAGAUGAUGUUAUUUGCUUCCUGGCAAAAUUGUUAUGAAGAACUAUGUGAACAUUUGAUCUCAAACUGUUGGCAAAAUUUUUAGCCCUGGAUAUCCAAAGUGAUACACUGCCUUUAAUGGGAGUUGAAAAGUACUGAAGAUCUUUGAAUGUCUGGAUACUUCUAUUUACAAGCUUCCAGGGCUGAAAAAUUUAGUCUUUGUCAGUACAUUACAUAGAUUAGUUUUUUGGCUUAGAGAAAAUGAUGAUUGUUGGAGCAAUCUUAGUUAUACAUUGUUGAAGAAUGUUUUAAUUAGAUAACUUAAUCUUCCAGUUUUGUAACAUUUCUUCAUUUGAAAGAAAGUCACAAAUAUUUACUUUUGGAAUAAUAGUGCCAAUUUGUUUUUCCUCCCUAUGAAAACUUUGCUUUUUCUGUGGCUAUAAAAUUUCAUUAACUCAUUGCUUAGUAUCUGGUAGUGAAUAGCCUUUUUAUCUGGGACUUGAAAUUUUUGACAUAGCUAUGUAAGGUGACCAAGAAUAUUCAUAAGGGUGUAGUUUAUUGCUGUUUCAGCAUACCCUGCUCUUGCUUUGACUAACUUCUAUAAAGACUGGUAGCAAUACAUGUAUUUGCAGUUUGAGGUGUGUUUAUCCCUUCUGUUCUGGAACUGGUGAGGUUUUUUUCGCAAACUGCAGCAUUGGUGUUCAUCUAAAUCAAGCCAUAAGUAUUUGACAUAUUACAAGUUACAUAAAAUGUUUAAGAAUAUGUUGACUUUAGCUGUUUCAAAAUGCUUGUCUGUGGAACUAUGAUUGCUUUUAAAUGUAUUGUAGCAGUUGCUUCUAGAGCCACCCAGAAGUCUGUUUUUAGAGCAUAGUAUUUUAUACAGAAAAAAACAUACCCUCUAGUUAAAUACAAAGCCACACAAAUGAGAUACUGAAGAUGUCAUCUAGUUCAGGCCCAAAACCUGAAUGUGCUUCAAGAAAAAUUACUGCAAGGUGGACACAAGAGGGAAAUGCUGGAACUUUUCUACUGUUGCAUGUUUUUCCUUUUAUCUACAAACUAAUCUUAGAGAAUCACUCUUAAAUAAGACAGCUGCAGCUAUUAAUGAUAAACUAGUAGCUUAAUGGUUUUGGAUUUCCUGAACGUAUAGAAAAACAGAAGUUAGCACAACAGUGUGACAAAUAUAGCUCUAGUCUGAAAAAAAGUAUUUUAUUCAACUUUGUUCCAAUGUUUGAUUGCUUAGCAACAUCUUUUCCCUGCUUCUAGCUUCCUGUUACUUUUAUACUGUGGAAAGACGGAUCUGGGUCAUCUUUCCUGUGUUGGCAUCGUUAAAACUUCCAAGGUUUAUUGGAGACAGUAUUUUCACAACUCUUGCAGAGGAUGUGCACUUGUUAGUGAUCACUGAAGAAUGAGAAAAGCCCACUGACCUCUUUAAAAAUAUCUUUUUUUAUACUCAACAUAAAAGUAUUAAGGGUGAUAGAAAGGAAUGAGCAUACAAAAAGUAGCUUUUACAAUGUGAAAGUGAGUUCCGUAGCUAACAAUAAUUAGGCUAAUGUAACUAUCUGUUCAAAAGUAGAAAUCUAUUUUAAAUGAUGGAGAAAAGUGCAACAUGCAAACUAACUGCAGUUUUAUAAAAGAAUCUGAAAUAUAGUUCUGUCUGCUUUUGUUAAACUCCUUGGAGACUCUGUUCAACCCUAUUUCAGGAAGGGCAUUUCCCUUUUUUGGCCCUUUUGAUAACACAUGCAGUGGAUGCCAAGACUUUCUAUAAAGGAAAUGGGGUUACCUAACACAGUGUUUUUAAUAGAGAGUCUAUAAAUUGCUUGAAAUAUCUUUAAUCCACUGUUAAACUUGAAAAAAAAAAACCCCAAAACCAAAAAAAACACCACCAACUCUGAUCUUGCUCUCUGUCAGUUCAGUUUCGGUAUUCUCAAAAUUAACCGGAGCAACACUAAAAUUUGCCCCAGCCAAUAAUAAUGCGCCUCAUAGACCAAUAGCAAAAUAACUCUGCCAGGCAAAACAGUAGGCGUAGGUUGUUGCAAGCUUUUGAAAAUAGCUAUUAAAAUAUUGACAUUGUCUUUAAAGGUUUCUGGAUGGCUCUCCUAUGAAAAUAUUAAUAACCUGUUUGAUGGAGCUGUUUUACAGUAGAUACUAAAUAAAAUCAGCUAAAGUUUUGCUGCAUUACUUUGAAGAAUAAGCACUUUCUUGUAAAACUAAUCUUAUUGUAAGACUUGGUGUUUCAGAGAGAAAACAGACUGGUUGGUUUUCAUUCUCUAAACAGUUAUAGUACUGUGUUGGAAUGUGCCUCUGUCAUUCACUACAAUGCAUGCUAAAAAUUAAAUAUGCAGACAAUGUAGAAAAUACUAUUUCAAAUGGGUGAAACCACUCCAAUAUGAAUGUAAAAUUGUUAAAUGAGGAAUGUGCAGUUAAGGUUUGUGAAUUAUGCUUUAGUGGGUGUUUGUGGAGACUUAGGUUUAAAAAAAAAAUCAAACACCUAUUUCAUAGCAGCUUUUCUUCAAGGCACGCUGUGUAUUUAUGUAGUCAGCAUCUACCAUUGUAAAACAGCUUACUGGGAUCUCGCCUAUGUGGGAAAGCUGGCAUGAAGCAAGCAAAGGUGUGAAGGUUUCUGUUAGGAUGAAAUGGAUCAUAGUUCAUAGAUGCCUGUUUCUUUCCCUUAACUAUAAAGGCAGUUUAUAAUAAACUUAGAUGUUAAUGCCUGAGGUUAGGUGAGGUGAAUUCCUGUUCUCAUGCCUACUUACAGUGUUUCAGUGCAAGACACUGUUCUGUUUUGGAAUGGAGUAAGCAAUAUUACACUUUGUGUCCUUAGUACAACCUAGUAUGUAUCAGCUGGUAUACUUUAUAUUACGUGCUUGUUUCUUGUAUGUUAGACAAGUCAUUCUUCAUACAAAAAAUGUCAACUUCUGUGUCUUGAGAAAUGCUAAAACGUUUUAAGCUGCAUCUAUUAAAAAUCACUUUAAAACAAG